CUAAGGUGUGUAGCUGCUGAAUCCUCGCUCCCGCGCAGUUCAAAUGUUUUCCUGAAAUUGUCAAAAUAUUUAGCGGUUUAGAUUUCUAAGUUACCGCUGAAUUCCUCCUGAUCAUCCCAGUUUUAUCUCCUAGGAGGCAAUCUAUUGAACCACUACAGCUCAUCUUAAAGUUCAAUGAUGACAGCUGCCCUCGAUCAAGUGAAAACUUUACACGAAGCUGGAUUGUUUUCGAGCUCUAGGCUGUUAGCAAGUUUUUUAUUGUCUGCCACUGAGCAUGGAACUCAAGAUAAAUAUGAGCUUAGUAACAUGGUGAACAAGUACCAGCUGCUGGUGUAUUUAGCUGAUUCAUUGUUUGAUGAUGAGCAAUACAAAAGGGCAGAGCAAUUUUACACAAGAGCAAUCCAGUUAAAGAAAAUUAUCAUCAAACACAAACCAAAGACAAGUCCACCACUGGGUUUGCUGUCAGAGGUUGAAGUAAAAUACAAGAUGUCACAAUGCUAUUUGCAUCUCAAAGAGUACAGAGAAGCGACAACAAUACUUGAAGGUAUAUCUCAGAAACAGAGAUCACUGAAAAUUAACAUGUCCCUAGCUAAACUUUACCAAAGACAAGGCAUGGAAAGAUCAGCAAUUUCUUGUUAUAAGGAAGUUUUAAGAGUGUGUCCUUUAGCUCUUGAAGCUGUGAUUGGCUUGUUGUCGUUAGGAGUUCCUGGUUCUGAAGUGACAUCAUUAACUUCAUCAUCAACUUCUGCAAUGGACUGGAUUGGAUCAUGGAUAAAAGCACAAGUGUUGGCAGCCUCAGGGAAGCAUGCAAAGGGAGCUCAAGCACUGAAGACUUUGGAAACACAGUGUUUACGUGAUAAUGUGGAACUGCUGUGCAAUGCUGCAGAGAUGUUUUACAAUGGUGGAGAUUACAACAAUGCUAAGUCUUUCUUCCAAAGGGCUCACUCUCUGGACCCGUGUGUUCUUCAGGGUAUGGACACAUAUGCCUUCUUGCUGUCACAGGGUGGAUGUGGUAAUAAUGAAGGGUUAGAAAAACUAGCCAAAGACCUCAUUCAAGUCACACAGCUCAAGCCUGAGCCGUGGAUUGCUAUGGGCCAUUUUUGUAACGCGACCAGUCGAAAACCCAGGGCUGUUUAUUUUGCUCAGAAGGCCCACACUAUUGACAGUCGUAAUGUCCAAGCACUUGUAUUAAAAGCAAGUUUGUUACAAGCUUUAGACAAGCAACAAGAAUCCCUGCUGCAUUUUCGUGAAGCAGUUAAGUUGGCUCCAUGGAACUUUGAAGCUCAGAAAGGUCUUGUUGAGUGUUACAUGUCGGCAAAACGUCACAAAGAAGCUCUGACAGUCGCAAAGAACGCCCAUAAGACGUUAGGCGCGAAUCCAAGGACUUUAACCCUGUGUGCUUCAGUUAUGGCUCACGAACCGUCUUCUUACGACAAGGCCACCAGUAUGCUGGAGAAGAGCUUAGCCCAGGACGAGACUUACACUGAUGCUGUUUGUCUGUUGGCGGAAAUCAUGGGCAAGAAACAGGAAUACGAUAAAGCUAUCGCUCUUUUACGAAAGCAUAUGAGUCAUGACCGCACCCCCCGGCUUCACCAGCUAUUGGGAGAUUAUUUAGCUCUGACAAGUGAUUACCAGGAAGCUCUGGAUCACUACACACAGGCACUGAGCAUGAAUCCUGGAGACAGCAAGGCAAUGGAAGGAAUACAAAAUGUUGAACGAGUAAGCGGAGGAGAAGUGGAACACGAUAGUGGAGACGAGGCUGAUGAACCCAACGGAGGAGUUAGUUUAGAAGAGGAGGACAUCGAAGACGAAGAGCCCUGGGCGCCGCAAGAUAUUCGUGGAGCGCUCUUCUGACGAAGUCUGGUUUACUUGUGGAGCCGAAACAUGUGCUAUGCAGUGAGCCGGGAAAACUGACCCUUGGUUAAACUGAACUGUGGAACAGAGAGCAGUCUGAAGUGAUCAAACAUUUGAAGGC